UCUCCUUUGGGUGCCCUGUGUGUGUGUUUUUUAUUCUUUUGAGCAAACGUAGAGUUGAGAGUUUGAUUCCUGAUCAUGAUGUUGGCUCGGGCCCUGCUCCAGAUGUCACUGCUGCUCUGGAUGGCUCAACAGACUCUGCAGGGAGGAUUGAAGCCUCAGACGGUGGCGUACGGGAGAAUGCUGCCAAACAGAGGAGUUGGCCUGGGAGUCGGAGUUAAACCUGGAGCUGCAGGGUCCCUCGGUGCAGUGGCAAACCGAUACAACACAAAAGCAAUGAAGGCUGGACUCGGACGGGGGUAUGGAGGAGCACAGCUUGGAGUUGGAGGUUACAGGUCUCUUGGUUUGGGAGGAAGAGCUGGACUCAAACCCGGUUAUGGCACCCAGGGAGGAUACGGGGCCAGUCUGGGCACAGGGAUGCUUGGCCCUGGACUUUCUAAUGGGCAGGGACUUGCACUGGGGCAAGCUGGAAAACGUGCCUAUGGCGCUGGUUUGGGCACUGGUUUGGGCGCCGGUUUGGGAAAUGGACUUGGGACGGGACUCGGGACAGGCCUUGGUGGACUCCAAGGAGGAUAUGGAGCUCUGGGAGGAAUGGGGGUCCCGGGACAGGUCAGACAGGGUCCCGUAGGCUCUCCAGACAUUCAUUCUGGUAUCCACGGAGCUGUCAAAGGAGUAACCAACAGAGGGCAAAUUCCAUACGCUCUCAAUCCCGUACGGAGCAAUGUCCAACACCCCUCUACUCUGGAGAUACACACUGAUACCGGGAUUCGACCAGUAGGGGGAGACAUUCGAGGACUUGAAAUGGCCCAAGCUAGACAUUUGGAUAAACCAGGGAAAAGUUUGGGUCUAGCAGGACAACAGAGAGAGGACUACCUGCCUAUAGAACAAAGAGGAGUAUUACCAAACCAAGGAGCCCAUCUUGCGAACACCGGGAUGGACAAAGAUCUCAGGAAUCUACCAACGCAACAAAACGCGAGAGAUUUAAACCAAAUGCUGACAAAUCAGAGGCAAGGCAAAAAUUGCAACAAAGGUUUAAACGAUCAACUCGGGAUUAUCCAACAAAGUGAACUGCUACGAUCUCAGGGUUUGGGCUCGCAAUUCCCAAUCGACAAAAGCACAAAAUAUCACGGACACUCAGCCAUGCAAAGCCAAGGAGAGAGCUCCAACUUCCAACAACAACCGCUCCUGCUCCCCGAUGGCAUAAGAAGCGGCGUGUUUUCGAUAGCGCAAGGACAGAAUCUUCCAGAAGACGCGAUUAGGGAAUUAGGUUUGGUUGGGAAAAGCACAGACAAGCUGCAGCCGCCCCAGACUCGUAUCUCCAUAGGUAUAGAAAGCAGUCACGGAGCAGCUAAUCUUCACAUACCAGGCGUGGAGGGCAACCGGCCGGGCGCGGUGCCAGGUGCAGGGACCGGUGGGGCGUCAGUAGGGGGCGCUAGUGCCAAUCUAGGGCUGGGAUUGGCUGAAGAGCAGAAGUCGAUCAGUAAAGAAGGAAAGCAUCCGUUUCAUGAAGGAAGAGACGUGAGGGAGCCCAAAGCUCUGCCCAGGAGCACAGGGGACAGUACACAAGGAUCAAGUUUUCUUGGCGGACAAGGGAACUAUCUGGGAGCCGGUCUGGGAGCAGGUGGUUAUGGGACAGGUUUGGGAAAUGGAGGAUACUUGGGAGGUGCGGCCGGGAAACUGGCAGCCGGUUAUGGAGACGGGAUGACAGGAUACCUCGGAGCUAUGGGGGGAAAUGGUUAUGGUGGAGACGUCCGUGCUCUAAACCCAGGUUAUGCAAAUGGAUUCGGUGAUGCGUACGGAGCUGAAUUAACCGCAGUGCCAGACAAAACAGGCAAAAGUAAAGCGCAAAGUACAGGAGCGUUCCCCGGACAACUGCCUGGAGCUGGAUAUGGGGCUCUCGGUGCAGGACUGGAGACGGUUAAUGGAAAAUAUGGAGGAGCGGCUCAGCUUCCAUAUGGAGGCGCACCAGUGAUCCCUACAGGACUGGAAGGUGAAGGGGGAUACCCGUACAGCCAACCCCUCGGUCUGGAGGCAGAAGGCGCUAAAUCUGCAAAAAGUUACGGAGACCAAGCUGCAAAGUUCACUGGAGGACCUUCUGCUUUGGUCAACGGCUACAAAGGCUAAACACUAACUCCCAGGACUCCUUCAAACAUGGAUCCAUUGUAUUAUGUGCCUAAAGAUUUCUGUAUGUUUGUCAUUGUCUGCUUGGUCCGACUAUUGAUAAUUCAACUAUUGUUAUUGAGUUAAGCCUAUGUUUGUCUGCGUGUCUGUAUUCAUAAACAUAUAAAAAUUGUGGUAAAAAUAUAAGAGAACGUUUGAAGAAUAAAUUAUGUGAUGCUUUAUUGAGAA